UUGUUAAACAUAUGUUAACACAAACACAUUUUUUUUUCAGCGUCAGACCACCAUGAUGGCGGCACAUACUCCGAAGAGGCUGGAGAUUCAAGCCUUAGAAAGCUUCGUCUUCAUGGUUUUAGGCAGUUCUGCACUUCCAUUCAUGAAACUGCCACUCCCACAGAUUGACAAGGUUAUGAGCGAUGCGAGGCCGAUCCUGUUAGACACCAUCAUUCUGCACACGGACACAGAGGCUGAGAAAAGGAAAGUUUUGACGGAACACCUGCUCAAGUUGAAGAAAUGGUGGGAAAGAAACGAGUGGCUCGGCAGUCAAGACACAGAAAUCCGCAAGCAAAUCAAGGAAUGCUUCACGAGAGAACUAGAGCUCAUAGACCCCGUGUGUGAGUUCCCGCUCUUCAGGUUCGUGCUGCAGCUGAUUUUCUCCAAGAAGGCCGGGAGCACAGCUGAUGCAGCAGAGUGCCCAGAUUACCCCAUGAUUCACCUGGAGCUUCCACGCAGUCUUUGUCAUGAUUACUGUGACUUUUUGAAGCCUCUGGGCCCAUUUGGAAUUGAAGAAAUGUCAACACAGCACUUGCUUUUUGGAGAUUCAGAACCAUGGCUUAUUAUUAUUAAGAACUCACCUUUGCUUAAGAAGGUGCACUUUCGAAAUAACAUCUCCGAAGAAAUACUGAUCAGUGUUGGUUCAUAUUGCAAGAUGAUUGAUACUUUUAUUCUUGAACAAGUAUUUGGCAGGAUGCUGGUUCCAAUUGAUUGUUUAUACAAAACCUUUUUCUCAGGACUUGAUUACAAAACUGUCAGUGAGAUUUCUAAGAGACCGUCCAGCACAAAGGAUGUCAGCUUGUCAUUUCCUAGGCUUAAGUGGAUUGAUGUCGGUUGGAAAGCUUAUCCCCAGAACAUGGUUACAAGAUACUCCUUAGCCGAGUUUAUUUAUAAUAUUUUAUAUUAUUAUCCGAAUGUUGUAAAUGUAUCAUGGCAUUUGUUAAGACCAUUCAUGGUUCAUAUUCCUAGUCAGAUCCCAGAACACUGCAAAGAUUUAACAUAUAGUAUGAGACAUGUACAUUUUAGUGGUCUGAUGCCUUGGAUACAGCAUCAUGUAUCUAGUCUGUCAAGUAGUGAAAAAAUUAUUUCAUAUUUUAAAGAGUUGCAGCAUAUUACUUUGUGUAAUUGUGUGGAUGUUAGAACAGAUGCUGAAAGCGUUAAAGAAGAAGCAAAAUUUGCCGAAAUUUGGUUACCAAAAUUUAGGUGCAGCAGUCUCACAGUUCAUGUGCCAUUUACACCACCUGAGGAUGUAAGAGACGGUGAUGUACUCUCUGUAUAUUCCUCUCUCUUUGGAGAAAUUGGUAACAAUCUUACUGCACUCCACUUUCAUUUACACAUAGAGAUAGGUGUGCGAGAACUAUGCCAGGCAAUCAACCUAUGUCCCUCAUUAAAGUUGCUUGAACUAAGAAUGUAUGAAAGCAUCCAUGCUCAGAGUGAAGGAGACAUCUCUAUAAAGACACUCCACAGCUUAGAGUCACUUAGUGUUACCUAUACUUCACUCAGUGGUACUGCGUACAUACACACUUUGAUAGAAAAACUAAUUCGGGCAUCUCCAAAUUUAAAAAGCUUAGAAUUGGUACUAGAGCAUGCUCCAUGUGAGUGGUUAAUGAUGUUAGCCAUAAACAAAUUAAUCAUUGGCAUCCACACUCUACGCCUAAGUUUUAGAGCUCAUCCAUUGAUUAUACCACGCACCCAUAACACAAGAAGAAGAAAUAUUCAAGCUUCAUUUUAUGUGCCAUUUAUAGAACAGCUUCCACAUCUAGAGGUACUUAUGCUUGGUUUAUUGCCUUUUGAGGUGUUUUCCCAAGUUAGAAUGAUUUAUCAUACUUCUCAAUUGCGAAUAAUUGCAAGAGGUACACCAUAUAUAGGUUACAUUGUCUUAGACUCCUGAUCUUCAUGGCAUGCAAUGCAUAGAGAAGUAUGUAGUUUUUUACUUGUUCUAAAAGAGCUUAUAUUACUUUAUUGUUUAUAUUAUAAAGGAAAUACUUAGCUUGAGUUUUACUUUUGACAUGAAGACUAUAUGAGAAAUAUAGAUUUAAAAACAUUAUCUGUGAUUUAGUACAAGAUUAAGAAAGUUUAUUUUGGGUGCAUGCAGGUGUGCAUUACUCAUUUAUUAUUAUGUGUGUGUGUGUGUGUGCAUAUGUGGGUGGGUUUGUGUGUGGGUGCAUGCAUGCAUGUAUGCGUGUGCAUGAUAUAAGGGCACAGAUAUGACAGGGUGGGAGUGAGACCACUGUUGUCUGGUAGCAACGGACAUGGCAUGGGACACCUUUGGUCCUCUGAAAGAUCUAAGGUGUCCCAUGAAAGAGAGCAAUACAGAGAAGUUGAAGAUAAUGUAGAAGGAAAGAAAGAGUAAAAACUGUAUUGUAGCAUUUUUUAUAAGAAUUCUGUUAUCCAGUGUCAUUGUUAACAAAAGCUGAAAAUGUAAAAAAUAUCAAAUAAAAGUCUCAUUAACCUAA